UUUUGAAAUUUUUUAUCAGAAAGGGCUUCAAAAUACUGUGAUGAAACUGGAAACUGGUUCCGCCAUCCUGAGAGUAAUCGAACUUGGUCCAACUAUACCCUGUGCAACUCUUUCACUUCUGAAAAGCUGAAGAUGGCGUUCAUACUUUAUUAUAUGGCGAUCGUUGGCCAUGCUUUGUCUAUAACAUCCCUGUUGAUUUCCUUGGGAAUUUUCUUCUAUUUCAAGAGCCUCAGCUGUCAAAGGAUAACGCUGCAUAAGAAUUUGUUUUUUUCUUAUGUGCUGAACUCCAUGUUUACAAUUGCUCACCUCAUUGCUGUUGUGCCUAACCCAAGCCUUGUAAAAAGGGAUCCUGUAAGCUGCAAAGUCCUGCAGUUCUUCCAUCAGUACAUGUUGGGCUGCAACUACUUCUGGAUGCUCUGCGAAGGCAUUUAUCUUCACACGCUAAUUGUGGUGGCAGUGUUUGCUGAAGAGCAGCGUUUGCACUGGUAUUACCUUUUGGGCUGGGGGUUUCCUUUAGUGCCAGCAUCUAUUCAUGCUGUUGCAAGAGCCAAAUACUUCAAUGACAACUGCUGGAUGAGCGUUGACACACACUUGCUCUAUAUUGUUCAUGGACCUGUAAUGGCAGCUUUAUUGGUCAAUUUUUUCUUCUUGCUUAACAUUGUUCGAGUUUUGGUGACAAAGCUGAGAGAUACCCACCGUGCUGAGUCCAACAUGUAUAUGAAAGCUGUCAGAGCUACUUUAAUUCUGGUACCCUUACUGGGAAUUCAGUUUGUUAUUAUCCCCUGGAGACCAGAAAACCGACUUGCUGGAGAAAUAUAUGAUUACAUCAUGCAUAUAUUAAUGCAUUAUCAGGGCUUACUUGUGGCAACUAUAUUCUGCUUCUUCAAUGGUGAGAUACAAGGAGCUUUGAAGAGGCAAUGGACACAGUACAAAACCCAGUGGGGCCAAAGGCACCGAGAGCACUGCUCCACACGAUCUACCUCCUACACUGCAACAUCAAUCACAGAGGUCCCUGUUUAUUUGUACCAUAAUGAUUCCAACAAUGAACAGUCAAAUGGAAGAUAUGUAGAGGACUCUGAACUUGUUGCAUUAAAAUCUGGUGAGACAUCUGCCUAG